AAACAUUGUUUACACUUCAGAAAGGAGCCUACAGCCUAGAGUACCCAGAUAGGCUAGGAGGGUACUGCAUGAAAAUACGUGUGUAAUCAAACUAUUUCAGAGUUCUUGCAUCACACGGUUUACUGAGUAAUACUACGUACCUGUUUUAUGAAGUAGGAUGUAGAAAUUUAAGGAGGUAAUAUCUGGUGUAACUUGUCCUCUCCCUCAUUAUUUCCACUACUGCGAUUGUCACUUCUUGUUCUGUGAAUAAUAAAUACUUCAGAAGCUACAGUUCCGACCAAAGAUGGAGUUCUAAGUUCAUUCAUUCCUAAUCCUUAAAAUUCAAUUACUGAAGUAUAUUUCUGAGAUUCAAAAGAAUAACUAGUUCAAGAACAUCAGCUAAUACUCUACAACAACUGGCGACGAGAGAAGAACAGAUUCCUGCGCGGAUGUUCGAAAUUUCACUGGAUUCAAAUCGACUCCUUUGUCUCCAGCCGGCAGCAUGGCUGAUAAUCCACGACUCUGGAUUUUCGACGAAAAGAAGGAAGACAUCGACGCCUACAUUGAAAGGUGGGAAGCCAGAUUUCGUCGAAAAGAAUUGACGUCUGAUUCAAAGAAGAUUGACUGGUUUAUUGAAGAUUGUGGACAAGCGAUGCACAAUGCACUACGCACCUUGUCCAGGCCAUUGCAAGUGAAGGAUCUCAGGUGGGACCAAAUUACUGCUACAUUGGUUCAACAUUGGGGUCCUCGAAGAAACAAGCAUUUGGAACGCCGAAAGUUUCGUGCGAGAGUUCGUCAAGCUGGUGAAUCUUUCAAUGACUUUGCAUUAGCCCUACGGGACCUAUCCCAGUUCUGUGAUUUUCAAGAUCUUAAUGAGUCCCUCAUUGAAGCAUUUCUCAAUGGCCUUGGGGAUCAAGAGGUGCUCAAACACUUAGUUUCACAAGAUUUUGAAACAUUCAAUGAGUACGUGGCAGAAUCUUAUAACAGACAGGCUUCUAUGAGAGUUGUCGAUACCAACAAUACCACCGUCAAUGCUGUGGCCUCUACCUCAAAGAAGAAGUCGGGUAAGAAGAAUAAGUCUGGAACUGGAAAUACUGCUAACAACGUAACUUUUCAUACUGCAGGCAAGCAGACUCCAAAGCCCUCCCCGCAGCCUAACCAGAAGCCUCAGCCAACCCAGAAACCUCCUGCGACGCCAAAGCCUUCUGCUGCAACACCUGGUAAACAACCAGACAAUGUUUGUUUUGGCUGUGGGCAGCUACACUUCAGAUCCAACUGUCCGUACAAGAAUGCAACCUGUUUCGGCUGUCAUCAAGUGGGACAUGUGAAGUCUGUUUGCGGAAAAUUCAGGAAUAAUACUAACCUUGUGAGUGGUAACUUCCAAACACCACCUCUAAAAGACAUGCCUAAUGAUGGGUUUGGAUUUGGUGAUAAUUUCGGUGGCUUGUGUCACAUUUCUGUAGCAAACCUGAGUCCUCCUAUUCCUGAAGCGGGGAAGAAAGUGUUUGUUGAUGUACAGGUUAAUCACCAACCAAUUACUGCUCAACUAGACUGCGGAGCAAUAGUGACCAUCUGUGGCGAACCACUCUACCAAGCCAGGUGGGCAGAUUCUCCACUUCGCAAUCCACUUCUGGAUCUACAAGGACCCCCAGCAAACAACAUUGAUGUCAAGGGAGUAAUUGAUGUGACAGUCAAGUGUGCCGAGGGAGACCUUACAUUACCCCUGUAUGUGGCCAAGGGCCAUUUUCCAUUUUUGCUAGGAAACAACUGGAUUCCAUUCCUGGAAUUAGACUACAACAAAUUACUCAAGAAGUCUAAACAUCCAGAAAUUUGUGCACUUCAACGCACUGAGUUGGAAGAGUUAGCACAGCAGUUUCCAUAUUGCUUUGGCAAAGUGGCUGGACCAAUUGAAGGUUACGAGGCAAGGGUAAGACUGAAAGAUAAUGCAAUUCCAAAAUUCAUUCCUCACAGAGAGCCUCCAAUUCCACUCCGACAACCUACAGAAAAGGAAUUGAAGAGAAUGGAAGAAGCUCAGUUUCUUCGUCCAGUAUUAUACAGUAAGUGGGCAUCUCCGACUGUGAUAGUACCAAAGAAAAAUGGGCAAGAAGUACGUAUAUGUGGAGAUUAUUCUGCCACAGUUAAUCCUCAAGUUGAAACUGCCUAUUACCCUAUUCCAAAGAUUGAUCAUCUUUCCAUGGUGAGUGGCAAAUACUUUACUAAACUGGACAUGAAAGAUGCAUAUUGCCAUGUGAAAAUUGCUGAAGAGGACCAAGAAAUACUAACCUUAUCCACUCAUGUUGGAUUGAAGGCAGUAAUGAGACUACUAUUUGGUCUAAGUUUCGCUCCAGCUGAAUUCAUGUCCAUAAUUAGCCAAAUCCUGGGUGAGCUUUUGAAUGAAUACUACGAUCAAAUGUUCUUGUACCUGGAUGAUUUGCUUCUUGCAGCCAAGACAAAAGAGGCAUUACAAGAUUUAAUGAAGAAAGUAUUAACUUUGUUGAACAAACACAAGGUACAAAUUAAUGUUGCCAAGUGUGUUUUUAUUGAAGAACAAGUUGACUUUCUUGGACUGCGCCUAUCUGCAAGAGGACUACAACCAGACCCCAUGAAAGUACAGAAAAUUCAUCAGUCCCAAAUUCCUAAAGACAGGGAUCAACUGCUGUGUUUCCUGGGCAUGGUUAAUUUCUACAACAAAUUCAUCAAGAAUAUGUCUACUACUGCUGCACCUCUGUAUGCUCUACGAGAUACAACCUUCAAGUGGGGUGAUGCUCAACAUAAAGCUGCCAUGUCUCUGAUUAAUUCUUUGAAUUCUGAAGUUCUAGUGCCAUAUUCACUGCAUCAAACCCUGAGAUUGACCUGUGAUGCGAGUCCAAUUGGAGCGGGUGCUGUUCUGGCCCAUGUUUCUGACACUGGUGAAGAAAGACCCAUCGCAUAUGCAUCCAAGUCGUUUACUACUGCAGAACAGGGUUAUUCUCAAAUUGAACGAGAAGCUGCUGCUGUCAUCUUUGCAUUCAAGAAAUUUCAACACUACUUAUAUGGCAGACACUUUGAACUUGUUACAGAUAAUACAGGAUUGAUGAGCUUACUCAAUCCCAAACAUCAACGAACUGCUGUAGCAGUGGGAAGAAUUCAGAGAUGGUAUCUGUUAAUUUCAAGCUACAAUUUCACCCUGAAGCACAAGAGAUCGCAAGAAAUUCCACAUGCUGAUUGCUUGAGCAGAAUUCCUGGUGAAGAAAAUACUCCAAUUGAAAAUGAAGACAACACAAUCUACUUUGUUGAUUACUUGCCAAUCACUGCUUCUGAAAUUCGUGAACAAACAACAAAAGAUCCAGUUCUCUCCAGAGUAGUAUCAUAUGUCCAAUUUGGAUGGCCUGAUACACCAGUGGAUCCUGUUUUUGAAGCCUACAAACGGAAAGGUAUUGAACUUACUCUAGAAGUUGGUUGCCUGUUAUGGGGAUCUAGAGUAGUCAUUCCCACAGUUCUACGGGAACAAGUCAAAUACUUAUUGCAUUCAGAACAUCUGGGCGAAUCCAAGAUUAAAAUGCUGGCUAGAAGUCAUGUCUACUGGCCGGAUAUUGAUAAGGAUAUCGAAGACUUUGUCAAGAAAUGCUCAGUUUGCAGAGUUCUAGAUGUUCAGAAGAAACCGAUGCCUGUCAUUCCGUGGACUUGGUCUACUGCUCCCUGGAAGAGAAUUUUUGUUGAUUUUGCCAAGAAAGAUGGUGUCACUUUCAUGAUUACAGUGGAUCAUCACUCAAAAUAUCCAUUUGUUGAGAUUAUGCAAAGUACAACUGCCACUGCAGUUAUUGGUUAUCUCAAAAUCCUAUUUGCACAGUUUGGUUUUCCUUGUGAACUUGUGGCAGACAAUGGACCGCCGUUCGACGCUGCUGCCUUUAAGGAAUUUCUCAAGAACCAUCAUACUACUUUGAAGCAUUCCCCAGUUGGACAUCCACAGUCUAAUGGAGAAGCGGAGAAAAUGGUUCAAACAUUCAAGAAAACCUUGUUAAAGCAGUUGUUGGAUCCUGAGACUGCACACAGGACAUUGCAAGACCAGGUCAGUUCAUUCCUGUACUCAUACAGAAAUACUCCUCAUGUACUUACAAAGUGUCCACCCUCUGAAUUAUUCCUCAAGCGUCAAAUGAGAACUCACUUCACUGUUCUCAAUCCAUUGACCAAUUUGAAUGAGAAGGUACAAAACCGACUCAAUGAUACUGCACAGAAGAGGGGUGGCAAGUUCAAAGAAUUUAAUGCUGGUGAUACUGUUUGGGUCCGAGUCAUGAUUGAUAACAACAAGUUUAUCUACAAGCCUGCUGUUAUUCAAAGACGAGUCAGUUCAGACUCUUAUGACAUUAUGCUUAAUGGAAGAGUUCGGCACACUUCAGCUGAACACAUGUACUACAGAGACCCAAAUGCUGAUCCCAUAGAUCUUCUGGAUUUACCUAGACUGACACAGGAACCAGAGCAGAUUGAAAUUCCUGUACCAGUACCCGUCCAAAAGAAGACUGCCAAUGAUAGUCCUGCAUCCAUUCCAAGAGUUGAGAAGAUUCUCCAAAGUCCGCAACAAACUCCCAUUCCAGUGGCUAACUCCACUCCUAAAGGCAUCGAGCAGGAGCUAUCGAUACCAAAGAGUCCCUCAAUGGGGCAACCUCCUCAAACUCCUGCUCGAGCCAGCACACCAAGUCAGCCGUCUGGAAGAAGAUUGUUCAACACUCCACCUUCUCCGACUCACCGUCCUAAGAGGAAUGCAGGACGUCCUCGCUAUCUCCAAGAUUAUGUUUAA